CCACAGAAAACCAAACUUGGAAAUUAAAUUCGUUUUUAUACGUCAGUUUUAAUUUAUCUUUUUUUUCCGGGUUUCAGAAUCAAUCUGAGUCUUGUACUUUCACCGAGCAGCACCAGCCGCAGCAGCAGCCCCAGCAGCAGCAGCAGCAAUGGCAGUCCGGCAGUGAGACUGUGAGACACAUGUCACAACAGUCCGUGACCCGAAACACAUUUACGGUCAAGCCGAGAGAAGAAACUUAAACAAAAUGUCUCGGCACAGAAAUGUUCGAGGUUAUAACUACGAUGAAGACUUAGACGAUGAUGACGUGUAUGGACAGUCUGUGGAUGAUGACUACUGUAUAUCACCAGCAACAGCAAAUCAGUUCAUCUACUCACGUCAGGAGAGGCAAGCACCAAGGGAGCAGCCGUUAGAAGAGGAAGAAUAUGAAGAUGACGUACCCAUGUCCCCUACCGUCAGCCUCAACCUAGACCCUCUUGAUCAAGCCAAACUGUUUUCCUGUCUGGACCAUAUGCGGACUGUGUUGGGAGAUGCAGUGCAAGACUCAGUCCUGACCCAGGCAGCCAUAAGCUGUGGAUUUGACCCACAGAAGGCCUUGGAUGCAGUCCUCUCUGAAGAUGCUAAGACAGCCCCGGUUACCAAAAGCACCAAUGAGGAGACAGCUUUAGCCGCAAUAGCAAGCCAAGAGAAAGCGCCGCUUUCACAAAGAAUCAAGAAAGAGGCCGUCGCUGAGAAAGGAGCCCACACAGACAUUACAUCCGAUGCACACAAACCCCAGACUGAUUGUCUCAAACAAACGCAACCGCAUGCGCAAGCAAGUGCUUUGCGUGACCUCACACCGCAAUAUAAGGCUGACCCUGUACCCUGUAGCAGCUCUGUAAAUCUAAAUGUUAUCAAUCAAAACGGGGGUUCAGGUAUUGCCAGUCUGGCACAACUUAUGUGUGAGCAUGAGCAGAAGAGUAAGGCGACAGGAGUAGGUGACGCAGGGCGAGGUUUUGGAAUUCCCUCAUUAGGUGCUCUCGCCAUCGGACAUAAUUCACCUCCGUCAAUUAUGUCUAAUCAGAAGGGUCUUUCAUUGGGAACACUGGCAUCUUUAAACAUGACUUCAGCAUCUCAAGGCCCAGCUCCAUCCCUCCUCUCAGUUUCCCUCAGUAGUAUGUCGCUAACCAACCCCAAGAUAACAACUGCAAGCUCUUCUCUGGCGGCUCCUCCUGGGUUUGGGAGUCUAAGUUCUGUCCUCUUGAGCAAUCAGCCCUCAGUGGGAGUUGCGAUUGGAGGCAAAGCCAAACCGGCUGAUCCUAAGGGAAGCCCAUCCUUGGCUGAUUUAAUCCAGGAAUAUUCAAACCGCAGCCCGACCCUCAGUAACUCCUUUCCUACUCCCCUGAGCUGCGUAACUUCUGCGACGUGUCAGGGGAUGGCUGCAUCAGCACAACUAUCCCUGUCUGGGCUCGCUUCACAGCACCAAAACAAAAAUACGCUCAUUCAAUCACAGUCGCAGAGCACUAAAAAAACAGCAAACACUCUCCCCUUUCCUAAACAAACCAACAAUACUCCUGCAGGCCUUGUUGCUGGGACUGUGUCAUUAUCUCAGCUAGCACUGCAGCAUCAAACCAACAGUUCCUUUGCUUCCCCUCAACCCUUCAGCGGUGAAUCUCCAGCAAAUGCACUGAAACACCCACCUGGCAUCUCUGAGCUGCCCUCUUUGACACAUUUGACGACUGAACACAAAGGCAAAACCUCAACCACCUCAAAUGGGUCACAGUACUCCCUCAGCUCUCUCCUUUCACCAGCAAAACCAGAGAGGGCUGCUGUGUUAGCAGAAAGUACUGCAGAGGGUGGGACCAGGCGUAAGGUCGACCACAAACCAUACCACCAAAGCGUCAGGCCACCUAAGAUGAAUCAUGCUAUUGAUUUGAGUGCUCUCAUGGCCCAAUCGGAUGGAGCAAGCUCUCGUCACUUGGACAGCGACCCCCCUUCACCUUCUUCUCCAAAUUCUGUUGCCACAGGACUGGAUCCUUCAGUUUUUGCCCAACCAUCCGUAUUUGCGAUUACUUUGUCGAUUCCAGGCCGCAGAAAACGGAAGAGGAUGAUUAAUAUAUCCAAGGCAGGAAUAAGAGUUCAGAGGACAGGAAGUGGUUACCAGGCCUUCAUGUGUGAAUCACAGGACAAAUCCGAGGAGCCGCACUCGCCACUCUCGCCAAUUGUACCAUUCGGCUUCGAAUCGCCUUCACCUGACGACGUUGUCCGUGCUAAUCAUCGAAAAGCUUUCACCAGGUAGAGGAGAGGAGGAAAUGAAAAGCACUUCAGUCUCCAGCUUGGUGCUAAAUUGACUCGUACUGGGGUGAGAACUGUUUUUUGGCAGUUCCUCGACCAACGGAACUAAACCCAACGUUUUAACGGUGUCCCAUUAUUAGUGGUGUGGUUUGAAUAAACGUUUGGGACCAACAAUACGACGGAACUCGCUGCUGAUCACUGCCUCAUAGAAACAGUAUUACUAAAGAGCCGAUGCAUUUCCUUUUUUAAAGAUUCAAACAAGUCUGACAUUGCUUGAAGAACAACAAUAGACUUUUAAGUCAAGCAGGAUAAACCACUCCUUGGCAUUUUGUUUCUAAACACUAUUAGUAUUUUAAAAACUUUUAGACCUCCUGAUUGAAUGUAUUUACAUUUUUACUUUUUAAAAUUUAAGUCUUAUUUUUCUACGCUUUUAUGGCAGUUGGCUUUUUUUAUCAACUUUUUUUGUGGAAAGUAGUUUAUUCUUUGCCAGGGAGAAUGUGCAUCUCUUACUGCACGGCCUCUUGUCUAGUUUUGAUCUGCAUGAACCCUCAAAAGAGAAAAAGAGGUUCAUUUAGUUUGCAGGUGUGCUGCAGCUAUUGGAAUAUGGAUCAGUUAACCAUUGUUCUGGUUUACUGCUGCUUGUGUUUUAGAUCAUGGGGUAGACAUUUUGGUUUGGAGAACACCUGGAGAUUUUCCCAUGAGGUUGCGAGAACAUGCACGUGCAUGCACACACAGCACCACAGAUACACACACAGACAAGUGAACACUUUUAAUUUUUGACAUUGAAGCAAUACGUUUACUUUGAAAGGAAGCGUUGUCAUAUAAGAGUGCAGUGAAUGGAAAAUGAAUGACUGAACUGCUGAAGUGAAAGAGGUUUUACCUGCUCUUAGAACAAGCUUUUAAUAUUACGAUGUACAAAUGAGUUUAUUUUACACUGGGUGUGUCAUGAAACUCUGCCAGAGGAUUUGUAAAUUUUGAAAUAAAGAUGACUGAUUGUACAUGCUCUGAAAGCACCUGUCUCUGGGUGUGUCUCUGGUUGUGCUUGGGUUUGCUUCUGUGUGUCUGAGUGUAAAUAUGUAUCUUUGUUGUAUUGAACCUAUUUGACACAACCAGUUAAAAUAGUGCUCCAUUCCCUUUUUGGAUCUAAAAUGAGUUGAGUAUUUAUGUUUAUACAGUGGUAGGUCUAUAUUUUAAGAUAAACUAUUGGCCAUACAAUAUUAUGGAGUCGAAACAGGCGCAUGCCAAUUUUCAAAAUUAAAUCUAAAAAAUAAAAAAAAAUCUGUACCUUGUAUGCAUUUUUUUUUAAGGUUGGCCCAGGGUUUCUCGUGGCAUGUCUCAUUUUUUGUGUGAGUCAAAGGUAUUGGUUUGCAUGGUGAAUCUUGUCCUUUAAGAAAAGCAUGGUUAACACCUACGAUUAGACAAGGACCGGUUGGUUUAUAAUAGGGCUGUACCAAAUAGUUGGAAGCCUCAUUUGUAUUCUCAAUCUAUAUUCUAAUGCUGUGUAGCUUCCUCUUUUUGCAUGAUUAUUCGUUCUGCGUAAUGAACAGGUGACACUUAUGUUAUUUGUUUUUGUGCUAUUAGUAGAAUGAGAUUAUGUUGGUGACUGCGUAGGUUUGUUUCCAAUUAGUCUAACCAAAUAUUUUUGAUAACUCCACACCAUUUAAAGUUUAAAUUUCAACAUUAUAAAAGAAGAUAGCAUUUUUUCAUCUAGGAAAUAUUCUGCUUUAAUCAAACAACAUGUCUGGC